AUGACGUCUUGCCCCAAUGGCGUGGAAGGUAACGUUGCCCUUCUCAGGCCUCUGAUGGAAAGCUGUGGUGUGCAGUUGCCGCAGGGUCAACCGGCUGAAGCUUUGCUGGCGAAGGCGCAAGACUUACUGCGGGGCCUCUUCCAGGACUCCCAGGCACCCAGCGCAACGCCACGAGAGGAUUCGCGGGGUGCCGACCUGCCGCUGGUGCCUGCAGCUCUAAACGAGAGACCCAUCGUGGAAAAGGAGGUGCCGCCACCCCCUGGCGCUAAGCGGCGCAAGGGGACGCCGGGGUCUGGCUACAUGCUCUUCGUGAACGAGAACUUCUCGCGCGUCCGCGCCGAGUUGUCGCAGGCCGCCGAGGAGGAGGAGUCUGUGGCCAGCGUGGCUGCCGCCCAAACAACACAGCCUAGCUUCAGCAGCAUCGCUAAGGAGGCAGCAGCUCAAUGGCGAGCGCUCCCGCGCCAUGAGCAAUCGGAGUAUACCACACGUGCGGCGGCGCUGAGAGAGUCGAGGCCUGAUGGGGCACCGGAAGCGCCAAGAGCCACAGGAGCCCCCAGAGGCAAAAACCAGUCAUUGCAGUCCUACAAGCGAAAAUGGAUUGAGCAAGAGUUGGCAAAGUGGGAGGAAGAGCUGCGGGCUGAGUGGGAAGCCUUCUCUGCAGACGAGGUGAGCGCUCAGCUCAUGGCUUUCAAACUGAGCCCUUUGCCGAGCAUUGUUGCCAUGCGUCCAGAAGAGGGACCACCCUGGAGAUUGAUAUGGAAUCUUUAUGGAGUUCCGACAAUGGAUUUGGAACUGGGGCAUAAAAUCCGACUUGCGCAUAUGCAAGGUGGCUUGCCGGGCCACGACCGCUUGGGAUCCACCUUGGACGCAGUGGUGUCCCAGCGGAUGGCAGGUGGCGCUGCGGCAUUGCUUUCCCGACUGGGUCUGGCCAACUCUCAUCUUCCUCACCCGGCGGCCUUGUACGCUGAGUGGGAGGUAUCAUCCAGGGACUCCGUGGGUGCGGAACUUGAAACAGCGACGGCCGAGUGCCUGCGGCGCUACCGCAUGCUGCCGCCCCAUCGCAUGGCGGCCUUGUGGUCACUGGUGGCCAGCCGAAUGCUGCGGCAAGAGGAGCGGAUCCGCAACACCCUGUGCAGAGAGCUGGGCAUGGUCGAAGCCAUGGAUGCCAAGGCCGCCGAGCUUCCGCAACCCGCCUACGAGCACUUCCGCGCGCAGCGACUUCGCAGCUGCAGCAACACUGGGGCUGCUGUGUUGCAGCUGCCCGAGGGAGGUGAGGACAUCGAUCCUCUGUGGGAGCUUGCACUGGAGGAGGAGUUCUUGAACCUCGACGAGGGCGAACUGAUGCGGUGGUUUCCUGAGCCUGGCAGCCAGAGUUCUGACUCCAUGGUUGCCAGCAAGAUUACAGUAAGACAUGCAACUGAACAUCACGAGGUACAGGGAGAAAGAGAAAGAGAACUCAUGGCUGGCAAC